UAGAGGCCGAACGACAUUCAGGACCGAAAAUCUCCGGCAACCACCGAAAGUCGUUUGUAAUCAGCUUAGUGGGCGUGUACUAGUGUGCAAGCGUGUCAAGAAAUAGAGGCCAUGGGGAGAUUAGAAGGAAAGAUUGCUGUACUUUCAGCUGCAGGACAAGGAAUUGGGAAUGCUGCAGCGAAGGCCUUUGUCAGAGAGGGAGCUAAAGUUAUUGCCACCGACAUCAAUCCAGAUUUGUUGAAGAAAUUAGCUGAGGAGUGCCCAGGAAUUGAAACCAGGGUUCUUGAUGUGACAAACACAGAGGAUGUAAAAGCUUUUGCUGCAACCAUAGAAAGAGUGGACAUACUGUUCAAUGUGGCCGGAUAUGUACAUCAUGGAACUAUUUUGGAAACAGAUGAGAAGGCGUGGGAUUUUUCCUUUAAUUUGAAUGUCAAGAGCAUGUGGCGUAUGUCUACCCAGUUUCUCCCAAAGAUGCAGAAACAAAAAUCAGGAGUAAUUCUCAACAUGUCGUCUGUGGCCUCCAGUAUACACGGUGCCCCUAAUCGGUGUGUAUACGGGUCCACAAAGGCAGCUGUGAUUGGGCUCAGUAGAGGGAUAGCAGCAGACUUCAUCAAGGACAACAUCAGAUGUAACUCAAUCUGUCCAGGUACAAUUGACACUCCUUCCUUGCAGGGUCGGAUAGAGGCACAGCCCGAUCCGAAUCAGGCCAGAAAGGACUUUGAGGCACGGCAGAAAACAGGCAGGUUUGGGACCGCUGGAGAAGUGGCAAACUUAGCUGUGUAUCUGGCAUCGGAUGAGGCUGUGUAUGUGACAGGGAAAGAGUUUGUCAUCGACGGAGGGUGGAGCAUUUAAACUAACAUCACUGUCAUGAUAUCCAAGCACUGAACAAUAUUUAUAUCAGAAUUUGUAGAAUAUACCUUAUCUAAAGCAAUCAAGAGUAAAUGAUUCGUCUCAAAUUAAAGUAGGUUGUAUUGGGUAUUGCAGCUGAAACACUAGCAUUGUAAAUUUAUUAAUAAGAUGUUGUUGCCUAUAAUCCAAGGAUGCGAAAUGUUGUAUUCAAGAUGAACAAAUUGAUACAUGUUCCAAUUCAUGAUAUAUUUUAUGUACAUCCACAUGAUUUUCUUAAUCAUUAUGUAAAUUAUAAGAAUUACACAUGAGAUAUGUAUAUUUUUGAAAAAUAUUGAAUUUAUGAAUUGUAUGUAUACAGUAUAUAUUAUAUUAGUUUAGUUUUUAGAGACAUUGUUUUCCAAUUGAACAAAAUUAUACGUACUAUACUCGUGGUUAUCAUUUUGAGAUAUUUUAGAGUAAUACACUUGUUGCUAUAA